AUGGAAAUCAGCAUUAGUAAUCUAGAGAGUAAUACAAGAACUACACUGGGCAGACCUCUCCUGAAAGUUAAAUGCAGAGAUAUAAGAAGACUUGUAAUGAAGGAUCUGGAAUGCAGUAGCUCUGAAAGCUUCAGAACAACCUUUUUAGAGGAUAGUAAGGAAGGCCUACUUAGUGUGAAAAGUUCUUAGAUAAGAGAAACAUCUCCAUUUUUAUAGGUAGAGUCUUCAAGAGGGCUUAAAUAUGCUCAGCUUAAACCUAAAUCAUCUUUUGGGAUCAAGAGAAAUGUGAGUAAAUUCUGUUACAAAUUUCCGAAUCUUCAAAAAAGUCCAAAGAAGGAAAAGAAUACGCAUUCAACGAUAAAACUAGAAGAACUCGCUUAACUUCAUAAAUCAAACAAGACUCGAUUCUCCAAAUUUCUAAAGAAUAAAAAACUAAAAAUUAUGCCAAUAAAAACAAAACCCGAUAUUUUUCAAAAAUACCCUCCCAACCCACAUCAAACCCACUUACAAUAAAGAUCCUCAACCCAAUAACCACCACUAAAUCUUCCAUAAAUCCCACCCCAAUCCCUCAACCCUCAUAACCUCCCUCAAUCCCCCUCCACCCACCCCAAAACCUCCCCUAAAAUCCACUAAUUUCCUAAUUUCUUAACAAAUUUAUUUAUUCAAGUAUGGAUUUUAUGGAACGGCAAAAAGUUCUGAGGUUUAGAUGCCCAAUUUAGCACAUUGUUUGAGGAAAUUUGAUACUAUAGAACAUGAUUCGAAUUGAUAGUGCUUCCUAUAUAUCCUUCUUAUUUUUAAAUGCUACAAUUUACAUGGCUAGAUAUGAAUUCUCUCAGAAUCUAGAGCUAACUUAAUGAAAUUCUUAUUACUUGAUUCAGAACUGUUAUUAUUAUA